AUGCUGAUAAAUCUGGCGGCUCAAGUUUUCAUCGGGAUUCCUUUGGAGCUCGUGUACAGCGGAAAGGCCAUUCUACUUUAUUGCGGUGGUGUUGUUUCAGGUCUCAAACUAAUCAACUUUAUGUGAAAUAAUUUUUUUCCGAAAUUUAGGAGCACUUCUCUCGGCUGCCCUCGACGGGGAAGUGUUCUUGGCCGGCGCGGCUGGCGGCGUUUUUGCCAUUGUGAUUUCCCAUCUUUUAACUCUGAUAGUUUUCUAUGAUCAGGUGAGAAAAAGUUCUUAAAGCGAAAACUUGGUAAGUUCCAGAUGGAGUUUGUGAUCCCACGAGUUGUUUUUGUUUCGGCUUUCGCGGCGGCCGACUUUGUCGUGGCGGUCUUCCAACGACAUUACACCAACAGAAUUGACCGAGUCAGAUUUUUUUCAUCUUUUGGUGAUUAAUAGCUCAAUCACCGCCGGCUAGAGAAAAUAUUCGAAAGAAGGUUUUUACACUAGAAGUGUGAAAUAGUGUAUGCGAAGAAGAGGUUUAGACGUCUCUUUAGUACUUUUCCUGCCGAGCUUACUGCGAAUGAAGUAUGGUCCUAGCUGAAUAGAAAUUCAAACCAUUCGAAUGAGAUUUUUAGCAAGAAGAUUCUAAAAAUAUCACAAACCUUUGUUACAGACUAGAACUUCGGUAAAAAGGAAAAAGUUUCGAAAAAAAAAUUUUUUUGAAACUUUCAAAAUAGUUUUAGAAAUCACACGCGCCAAUUGUCACGUAGAAAACGGCUGAAGUACAAACUUUUGAUAACUUAUAAAAAAAAAACCAACUUUAAGGUAUCGUUCAUGGGUCACAUUGGCGGAAUGGUUGCAGGAAUUCUGCUGACCUUUGUCCUUUUGAGUGGGCAAAGAAAACGCCGAUGGCAAAUAUUCAGUUUCUGGGCUUCUAUAGUCGCCUACGCCUUUUUUGUUAUCAUUUGUUUCAUCCUCGCAUUUUAUCCUGAAGCUUUUUGA